CCCGCUCAUGACGAAUUAUAACUUCCGUGUUUAGUACAAGCGCUGUAGGUUUAUACAGUCAAUGAUUCAGUGGAUCUAUAUGAGUGAGACAUAUUUGACUCAAACUUUAACAAUCUGGAUAUAUUUACAAGUUUCUUUUCUUAUAGUCAGUUGAACAAAUAACUCUAAAAUAUAGGAAACUAUGAUUACCGACACGUGUGCACGUAUUACAUGUACUAGUGUAUGCAUGCUGUUAAUUUGGAGUCAACUUACGUUUGGUCAACCUUGUCCGGUGUAUUGCAAAUCUUGUGGCCAAACGGGAAAUCCAAAACAGUGCACAUCUUGUGCGAUAGGGCACAACUUGUCGGAUGGUGUCUGUACAUCAUGUGAUUUAGGAUACUUCAUGUCGUCGAAUGGUGGCUGUAAAUUGUGUACGUACGUAGGAACAAACUGUGUAACAUGCAAAAAUGAAACACAUUGCGAGACAUGUAGACCAAGGCACUGGGACUUCAAAUGUGGUUCUUUUUGUUCAGCCGGCUGUAUUACAGACACCUGUACUAUAGAUGGGUCGUGUACAUGUAAACCAGGGUAUUAUGGAUCGACAUGUCAAUUUAAAUGCUCCACGAACUGCCUUACAGGCAUAUGUGGAAUCAAUGGAGAAUGUGACUGUAAGAAAGGUUUUUAUUUAUCAACAUGUGACGGUGAGUGUAUCUCAAGCUGUGAAGAAUGCACAGAUGGUUUUUCCUGCUCGGUUUGUCCUCCUGGAAUGUAUAACACAGGUUGUAGUUCAACGUGUAACUGCAGUGGUAGUUGCGACAUUUUCACUGGUGAAUGUAUAAAUGAAACCACGUGUCCUUACACUUGUACAUCAUGUAGUGACAAUUCUCAAUGCAAUGGGUGUACUGUUGGGUGGUAUGGUCAGAAAUGUAACUAUAAGUGUGUCGACAGCUGUAAUAUGGGAUGUGGGCAAUAUUCAGGAAAUUGUAAUGGAUGUUAUGAUAGCUACUUUGGAUCCCAAUGUGAUAAGGUGUGUGAUUACUGUCGUGGCAAUUGCAAUCAAAACGGGGAGUGUACCGCGUGUUAUAAUGGCAAGUAUGGACCAUUUUGUAAUAAAACAUGUUCUGAGGUAUGUCUUGGCAAUAUGUGCAACCAGAAAGAUGGGUCAUGUCAAGAUCAGGUUCAGUGUCCUGUGAAUUGCAUAAGCUGUAUCGACUCUCAUACGUGCACCAACUGUAAGAAUACACAUUACGGCUAUUUAUGUGAGUCAGUGUGUAACAGUACGUGUGUAGACGGCCGUUGUGACAUAGAAUCUGGUCGUUGUGAGAAUUGCGAGUCAUCAUAUUAUGGGGACUUUUGCGAUAACCGUUGUAGCCUUACAUGUGCGGCUGACUGUGAAAGGCAAACUGGUGCUUGUUUAGGGUGCAAACCGCUAACAUUUUAUGGACCGUUUUGUAAUAUUACUUGCAGCAAUAACUGCAAAGAUGAGCAAUGUUUACAAGAAGAAGGUUUUUGCUCGAAUGGAUGUAUCCCUAACCAUUAUGGUACUAUGUGUAACAGCAUCUGCUCCGAGAACUGUGCAAAUACGACAACGGAAUCAAAAUGUGACUCUUUGGGAAAGUGUACUACUGGAUGUUUCGAUGGUUUCGUAGGCGAUACAUGUAUGCAAGUUAAAGGAACAGAUACGGGGAAAGGGAAAAGCGAGGACAAUUUGUUGGCAGCUGUUAUUGGUGGAGCAGUCACAGGGGUGUUUGUGUUGGUUGUGGUCAUAGUUCUAAUUGUUGUCGUCCUGAAAAGGAGGAGAAUAAACAAACCCUAUGAAGAUCGAAGUGAAGAAACUGAUCAUGAAUACCACACAAUAGAGCCUUUUCAAGGAGAGAAGCAAGUUUCCACGAACACAUCAACCACACGUUCAGUAGAAACUUCAAACGUUAUUUACAGCCAUGUUUCGGACAGAAUAAUACUCGGUGGUGGCUUAGAAACAGCAACAGACGAUGAUGAUCUAGAAGUUGAUUUCGACGAAGAGAGUAGGUCCCAGAAAAGGAAACUGACCAAGAAAGUUGAGGAGAACGUUUACUACAUUGGCAUACAGGAUAUAGAGAAACGGAAACUGAAAGUGGAGGAACUUGCGGCGUUUGUGGCUGGAAAGACUCUGGAUUACUAUGAGGAGGAAUUUGAUAAAUUCUCUGACGGCCUCACAAGGAGCUGUGACGCUGCCAAAUUACCUCAAAACAAAGCAAAAAACAGAUACAAGGCAUUAUAUGCAUAUGAUGCUACGAGGGUGAAAGUGACUGGUUUUGAUACUGAUUACAUCAAUGCUAACUACAUCGAUGGUUUCAAUGAGAGAAAUGCGUACAUUGCUUCGCUUGGUCCAAUGUCGAAACAGAUGGGAGACUUUGGCAUGUUCUGGAGUAUGAUCUGGCAACAGAAGGUGGAGAAGAUUGUCAUGGUUACCAACCUGAUGGAAGAAGGGAAGGAGAAAUGCGAGCAAUACUGGCCUCGUGUUGGGACCACUAAAGACUACAGCGGUGUGAAGGUCAUCUGUCAGAGCGAGGAUGAGUAUGCAGAGUUUACGAGAAGGUUGCUGCUCCUAAAUGAUGGCGAAUCUGAGAGGCAGCUGCACCACCUCCACUUCACGGCCUGGCCUGAUAGGGGAAUCCCAGAGGACGUCACAGCGCUGAUUGAGUUCCGACAUAGAGUGCUCAAUUCUACUGCUCAUCUCGCCGGUCCAACGCUGGUUCAUUGCAGUGCGGGAAUCGGUCGAACAGGGACCUAUAUUGCGUUAGAUAUUCUAACAAAGGAAGGAAAUUCGAACAAGGCCGUUGAGAUUCCAGGAUGCAUCAUCAAUAUGAGACAGAACAGGCCAAACAUGGUCCAGACAGCGGAACAGUACGAGUUUCUACACCUUGCCCUGGUUCACACCCUGACAUUUAACUGUGAGCAGAUACCAGGAAAACAGUUUCAGGACUACAUGAUCGAGACAAGCAAGGGCGAUCUUAUCAGGCAGUUUAAUAAAAUUACAGACUCUCCCCAUGUUCACGCUGACGGCGAAAUCCUUGCUAUAGAACGAAACAAGUCUGAGACAGGAAAGAACAGAAGUGGAGCAGAUAUUCCAGGCGAUGAAUACCGCCCUCGACUUUAUCUGGGAAUAAGAUAUGGAGAUUCAGACUAUGUCAACGCUGUCUUUGUUCAUGCGUUUCAAGCGAAACGGAAAUACAUCGUCGCCCAGUCUCCGAUGCCAAAUACUGUUCAGGAUUUCCUUACUUUGGCAUACCAAGAACAUUGCUCCUGCAUUGUCAGCUUUGAGCAAAGCGAUGGAAAAAAAGAUAUAGGUGAAUAUUAUCCAGCGGACAAUCAAGAACUCAAUAAAGGUCAACUGUCUAUUUCAUGUGGGAGGGAUAAAGUCAAAAACGAGUACAGUAUCCAGAAAUGGCUAACUAUAGAGUUCAAGAGAAACACACAGAGUAAAGGUGGCAAAAGCACAUUGCGACACUUUGAGUUUACAGACUGGAACCAGACUGGAAAUGUUCCACGCAGCCCUGCUUACUAUGUUGCAUUUCUGAGAGAUGUCAAAAUGGCAUCGUCCAAUGGGCCUGUGCUUGUCCACUGCAGGGAUGGGGGUAGUAGGAGCGGGCUGUUCUGUGUAAUGGCAUUCCUCUUGGAGAAGAUGGAAGUAGAGCACGAGGUCAAUGUGGUUAACGCCGUAAGGAAGGUCAAGGCCAGGAGACCCAACGCCGUACCCACUCAGGCACAGUUCGACUUCUGCCAUGAUGGUCUUUUGGAGUUCGUCCGUUUGUUUAAAACAUACUCCAAUUAGGCGGAGCUGUAUAAUGUGCCUUUGAAAACAAUACUAUCUUGACUGCUUAUUCUGUCGUCACUUUGAUGCUUAUUUUUGUUUGAUAUAAAUUGCCUACCAUUAUGUAAAGUACGGGACCGUUCAAGUUUAGCAGUUCACACGAUAACAUAUUAAAGUUCAUACAGCCGACACAAUAACUUUAUGGCUUUAUUUAGAAUAUACAAUUCCAACAUUAAGUUCGGCCCCCACUUAUUCCUGAACUUAAAUUAUUUUUAUUAACUUGGUACAAAUGGGAACAGCUGAAAUGGUUUAUACUCAAACAAUACUUCUGUGAACAUACCUUCUGCAUAUCUAAAUGUAUAUACGUGUAUAUAAGCUACUUCUUUGGUGAACUUAUAUAAAAUCAAACAAAUUGCUUCGUUUGUAUAUCAUAUGAACGUUUUGUAAUUGGAUUUUGUUUACCUGAAGCUAUGCUUCUAUCAGUACAGCUUUAUCUGUUACUUCGUCCACAUAUGGGUUAUAUACAUAAACACGCUCCUACAUGCUUCAGCCUUAUGCUAAUUCUAUAAAACUAAUCGUGUUGUCUUAAUGUGUAACUUAAUACAAUGUUUAAGAACUUCUGCAACAUGUUGAUGGGUUUAUUCGUAAAUUAGAAUAUGAUCAACUGUGUAUAUAUUGAAGAUUUGAGAUACUUUUCUAUCGUCGUUCAUAACUACCCAGGACGUACACACUUUCGACUAGAACAAAGACUGCUUCCGCACAUGGGAAGAUUAAUAUGUAAUGUAAAAUGUGAGUGUCUACAAACUGCUGCUUUGUUUCGACUUUUUCUAUAAAUGAAAUAUAGCUUUGCGAUCAAAAUGCUUUGAAUGAGUGUUGUACUAAAUAAAAAGCUGACUAUU